CUGGAGCAGCUUUCGUCUAACUAAUUCCUCAUCGAAGUGAAUGGCAGCGGCUCAUCAUCCAUGUCCUGAACUCGGAAGGGACUGGGAGGGUAGUUUUGCGAUGCAACAAGCGUUUGUGGAGUAGGCUACAUCCAUCGAAACGGAAUAGGUUGUUUUGAAAUUCUUGGCAGACUGUUGCGCCAGGAAAAAAAUCUCAGAAGCGAUGUCCCUGCUGUGCGUCAGAGUAAAGAAAGCCAAGCUGCAUGGGCCUCCAGAUAAGUUCAAUGCCUAUGUGACACUGAAGGUGCAGAAUGUCAAAAGCACGACCAUCACGGUGCGCGGGGACCAGCCAUGCUGGGAACAGGACUUCAUGUUUGAGAUCAGUCAUCUGGAGUCAGGCCUGGUGGUAGAGCUGUGGAAUAAAGGCCUGAUCUGGGACACCAUGAUAGGAACCUCCUGGAUACCCCUUGACACCAUCAGACAGUCAGAUGAGAACGGCAGAGAUUUCUACUUCAAUGAGUUGGUAGCUGUGGGUGUACUUCUCAUUCCAGACAGCCCUAAUACCUGGGACUCAAAAGAGGAAGAGACGUCACAGAGGAAUUAUCAUGGUCCAUACACACCAACACAGUCAUGA